GUGCUGAUAAUGGUUCUACUGUUGCCAGGAUCCCUCAAGAUAAAGAGGCAAAUGAUGGACCAAACAUUAUGAUAUUGAAGGCUCAGGCUUCAUGAAGAAAAGGUUAUCAAAGAUCGGCGAUAUCACCUUAGAACCUAUCCAAAUUGUUUUGUGGCUAAAGAAUUAGUUGAUUGGCUGCUAGAUCACAAAGACGCUACUGACAGGAACAUGGCAAUCAAGUUAGUGCAGAAACUAUUGGACCAUAGUGUCAUCCAUCAUGUUUGUGAUGAACAUAAGGAAUUUAAGGAUGCCAAACUCUUCUACCGCUUCAGAAAAGAUGAUGGCACUUUUCCAUUGGAUAGUGAAGUGCAGGUUUUCACAAGGGGCCAAAGGAUAUACGAAAAGUUGAUGACCACUGAGAACUAUCUAAUGCAGACAAGGGAGGAAGAAGGAGUGAAAUAUCAGCGUGCUUUUGUAGCAAGUGAAUUUGUCGACUGGCUGAUACAAGAAGGAGAGGUUGCCUUAAGGAGUGAAGGGGAACAGCUCUGUUGUAGAUUGCUGGAACAUGGCAUUAUUCAACAUGUGGCCAACAAACACCGCUUUGUGGAUGGUAACCUCUUGUACCAGUUCCGCAUGAACUUUCGCAGAAGGCGAAGACUGGUGGAGCUGCUGAAUGAAAGUGUGUCCUUGGCACCUGACAGUCAUGAAAGCCCUUUCUGUUUACGCAAACAGAAUCCUGACAACCCUAAUACCAGCUUCCUCUCAGUGAGCCCGACAAAGGAAAUCAAGAUUGGUUCUGCAGUUCGGAGGUGUAGCAUGAGCAGUAGCUGUGGUAGCAGUGGUUAUUAUAGCAGUAGCCCCGCUCCCAGCAGCAGCCCUCCUCUGUUGUCCAAUCCAAAGUCUGGUAAGGGCUGUGACCGUGUGGAAUUGCUGACAGUACUGUUUUUAAAGAGAUCUGUAACGACCGAAGAGCUCUUAGCUCCUGGGGCACCCUACACGAAGAAGACACUUACAAUUGUGGGUGAUGCAGUUGGCUGGGGAUUUGUCGUACGUGGAAAUAAACCAUGCCAUAUUCAAGCAGUGGAUCCCAGUGGUCCUGCUGCCAUAGCUGGAAUGAAGGUUCGCCAAUUUGUAGUCUCCGUAAAUGGCCUGAAUGUUCUUCAUGUAGAUUAUAGAACUGUAAGCAAUCUCAUUCUAACUGGCCAGCGUACCAUAGUAAUGGAAGUCAUGGAGGAAAUUAACUUCUGAAAAGAAAAUGGUAAUUUGGAAGCAUGCUACUAAUCAUGCAUUGGCACUGGAAGAUAAAAGAGAUAUUGGAAAUGCACACCUGCAUUUCCUUUGUAUGCCAGAAUAAGAGAAUGUACAACCUAGGUCUUUGCUUCAGGAGUUAAAACAUUGCCUUGUUUGUAUGUGAUUUAAUUUGCUUACCAUUGCCUCAAUAUAUAAAUGUUUAAAGUUUUAUUGACACUGAAUGUGAGCUGCCUGGCAUGUAAUAUGUGUUGCAGUAAUGAGUCGACACUUGAUUGCAGGAAAUAACUUCUGCUGGUGCAUUUUGUCUCUCUAAAUGGACAUUUCCCAUUACUCAUAGUGGGAUGUAGGGUGUAAUUAGAUGAGUUGUAUCUAUAUGUGGAAGAAAUACCUCAACACUUGAAGAAGUAGGUUCCUGUUAAUAGUUUGAAAACCAAGAAAAGGAAAUAUUUUUGAUUUGUCCCUUUUUUUAAUUCCUUCACCGUAAGUAAAUAAAUGCACAAAAUUUUUGUGGGUGAGAUAUUCCAAGAGUUAGUUGAGAAUUUACAAAUGUCACUCUUGUAUGGAAAACAGGGUCUUAGGAAACAAUGAAUCGAGGUUUCAUAAAAUUAACAUUAUUGUUUUACGUCAGAUGUCACACCGUACAAGAAGUAGAUAUUGUCCAGAAUCUACCCCUCCCGAAAAGUGGAGGGGAAGGUAAUUGGGCGGAUUGGCAUCAGGGAGAUCCUUGUCAUCUUCCCAACACACAAGCAAGUCCUUCCUACCCUGCCACCAGUUGGGACUCUUCAGUGGUCAGUUAAUAAGCACUUAGGGGCCUCUUCAGCCACUGCAAGGCAACACUAUUUCCAAAGGCUGAGAAUACUGGCAGGUUUCCCUACAGCUAGAAUGGAUUGGCCUGCCUGCUGUGUUUGUGCAGUCCUCAAUCUGUCCCAAUUUGAAAUGUUUGGCUGGGGGAGUAGGAGGCAGUGGAUAUAACCAAAGGGUGUGGCUGUGAAAGCUAUAGUUGUGCCCUUGAUUCUAAGUUCCCCUGACUUAUAGACCCACCUCCCUGAUUGACCCCUUUCCUUCCUGCUGCUCCUGCGCUUCUGCUUAAUUCCACCAUAAGCAGCUUCCAACCUCUGAUUGGCCACCCCUCAUGUAGGGUGGGAUAUCGCUAUCCCGGGAAGUGAUCCUACCAGGUAAUCCCUUACGUGUUUGAUAGGCACAGGAUCCGGUUAGCUUUCCAUUCAAAGGGUUAUUGGGUUUAGGGUCAUUCUGCCCAUGUUCACUCAGUGAAAAAUCUUCAGUUUCCUACACCUGCCACUUUUAUGCAUUGAUGUGAUUUAAGUGUAUUGGAAAAUAAAAUUUUAGCAACGUUUUCUUUCUUAACAAGCCAUCAGGUCACUCAAGUGUCAAUGUAUCCUGAGACGGUCUCCAAUCUCCAGAUGAACAGGGCACGAAUAACAAAUAUAAUAUAACAGACAAUGUAGAAAUCAAACUCUUCUGACUAUGAGUAUCACUUUAUUUAUUGGAACAUCUUAGUGAGUCCUAGGGCAUUGUAUUGUUCAGCUUCAAAAAAUGGAAUAAAGCAAAUAAUAUUUGCAUUGAUUCUUACCUAUAACAUUUCUGUUGAAAGAGCGCUGAAGUAAGCUGCAGUUGAAGUAACUUGUGGAUUGCCUGUAAUCUUGAAUGAACACUCCAGAUCUGUUAAAGUAAGUAACCUAUUAGCAGGCCAACAACUAGCCUUGCCAUAUGGGUGGAGGUAUCGCUCAUCUGGUCUGCUGGCUAUGAUCAAAAAUAGAGGAAACAAUAUUUGUAUUUGAAUUUAAAAUUUCAUUUAACUGUAAGAUUAAUCAUCGUUUUGGUACAACAUGUCCAGUGGUACCAGAGUUUUUACCCUUAGUGUUUUCAGUUGGCUUUUCUUUUAAGUUGUUUGUUUUCUUUCUUUAUGCCUUGGCUUGUUAAAUUUCAUUCAAAUUACUCCCUUUUUGAAAGUGAAUUAAAUGUCACAUCUUGAAGCUUGAAUUUAUCUAAAAUUUUGUCAAGCUCAUGCUUUAAAUGAAGCAGGCUUGUUAUGAACAAUGACUGAAAUGUGAAUGUUCUUAAGUUUUCUCUGCAAUCUGUACACAACACAUCUAUCUACCUCGUUGGCUCUGUCCUACUGGGAAAGGAAAGGGAGAAUGUUUUUUGCAAUAUUGAAAGUUUAGUUUGUAUUCAAGCACAAAGUGGAAAACCAAAGCAUCCUGGUUUGAAUAGGUAUUUCCAGUCGCCACAGGAUAUAACAUAUGACAAAAUGACAACUAGAUGUUCAAGCUCAAGGACUAAUUUAAGAAGUAACAGAAGCAUUAGAUGAUUAAGAAUUAUAAAGCAGUACUACCUAUGAUUUAUAGAAUUGAGAUAGAUAAUGGACUUGAUUAAGUACAACCUGGUACAUUAUGUCUGAUAUACAGCUUUUAAGUUAGAUGUUCCCUUUUGUUGGGCAUUGGAUUUCAAAUCAAUGACUUAAAUUUGAGAGUACGAGAGAUAAUCCUAUAAGUAGUGUGAAUCCAACUCAUUAUUCAACCAGUGUCUAUCUCAAAGUAAAUUGUGUAAUGUUAUUUGAGAACUGCUUUUCUCUAUAGGUUUUAAAAUGAAAUGUGAGGCUGGUUUCAUAAAUCUUAUACUGCCAUCACUUAUUUUGUGUUUUUAUUUUGAACUCUGACUGGAGUUAUGAAUUACAAUGUCAAUCAAGUCCUGGAGGACUGUAUAGCCAAACUUUGUCUCAUAUAUUACUUUAACCUAUUGGAUGCAGUUUAAAUUGUAGCUACAUAAGUUAAAUGCAUACUAAGUAAGAUCUGAUGUGCGACAUUUAUAAGGCUUAAUGCUUCCAGCCUUAUAUUUCAGGAAAUUCUAUUUGGUAGGAAAAUAUUUCAAUAAUAAGUAAGCUUGUAUAAAAGAACAUUUUGGUAACUUGUGUAAAGAUGACUAAGAAUAUAUAAGAAAUGUUUACACUUCUGUUUAAAUACUUAAAAUCUGAAUCAGAAUAUUUUGUGCUGGUGCUAGUAAUAAACUUCUGAAGAGUUUAUUAAUCAGAUUUAAGUAACCAGUUAAAGUUGAGUCUUCCCAUGCAUGUUCAUAUCAAAUCUUUUCUGGUAAGUCUAAAGCUAGGAUUUUGAAUAACAGUAGGAAUUCUGGGGCUGCAGAGGGAGUUACUCAUAAUUCUAAAUUUUCAUUAUAGCUCAAUGGACUGCUAUAAGUUAAAACUCAUUGUCAUUGCUAAAAUAUUUUCCAACUUUGUUACUUCCAUAUCUGCUUAUAAGUAGCAAGUCCAUCUGUAGGUUACUUCUAAAGUUUUAAGACUCCAUUUAAAUAUUUUGUGGCUAUGUCUAGAAUUGGCUAGAAAAAUACUCACAAAGGUUUAACCUUAGUUCAGACUGGUCAUAAUGACUGCCUUUAUAAAGGAUUAAUCAGAAUUUAGAUACAAAUUUAUUUUUGUAUAUGGAUAUGUGGCUUUUUAUCAGCUGUUAUUAAAUUGUAUCAAAUGUAUGUCAUCACAAACCAU